CCGCGAUGACUCCCCGUCUGCCGAGGAGCCUGCGGCGGCUGCUUCUGCGCGUUUCCCUCUGGGUCCUCCUGGGCAGCUCGGUCCCCGCUCUGCUUCGGGCUGAAAUUAUGUCACCUGUUGACAGAAAUAAGGAAAAUGGAUUGCAAAUGCCGAACCUAUGCAAAUUUUGUGACAUUAAAGUAACAACCUGCUCAAACCAACAUCCGUGCAAGAGCAACUGCAACAUCACCGCGAUCUGUGAGAAGAAUAGUGAAGUCUGUGUUGCUAUAUGGAGACAGAACGAUGAAAAUGUGACAUUAGAAACAAUAUGCCAUGAUCCCCAGAAAACAUUGUAUGGUCACAUGUUGGAUGACUCCAGCUCAGAGCAGUGUUUGAUGACGGAAAAGAAGGAAGAUGGGGGAUUGAUGUUCAUGUGUUCCUGUACAGGUGAAGAAUGCAAUGAUAUGCUCAUUUUUCCAUCAGAUGGCCCUCAUAAGCCAGAGGAGAAAGAUGAAAUUUCCAAAGUCACAAUCAUAAGUCUUGUCCCAUUACUGGUGAUUUCUGUUGCUGUGAUUGUUAUCUUUUAUGCUUACCGCACUCACAAGAAGAGAAAGCUCAACAAGGCAUGGGAGAAGAAUGUUAAGCCCAGGAAACAUAAGGACUGCAGUGAUGUUUGUGCCAUUAUGUUAGAUGAUGACCGCUCAGACAUCAGCUCUACCUGUGCCAACAACAUCAACCACAACACGGAAUUGCUGCCCAUUGAGUUGGAUAUUGUUGUUGGCAAAGGAAGGUUUGCUGAAGUGUAUAAAGCCAAAUUGAAGCAAAACACAUCAGAGCAGUAUGAAACUGUGGCAGUCAAGAUUUUUCCUUAUGAAGAAUAUGCUUCCUGGAAAACUGAGAAAGACAUUUUUUCAGAUGUAAACCUCAAGCACGAGAACAUCCUCCAAUUCUUGACAGCAGAGGAGCGUAAGACAGAUCUUGGUAAACAGUAUUGGUUGAUCACUGCCUUCCAUGCUAGAGGAAACUUGCAGGAAUAUCUCACACGGCACAUUAUCAGCUGGGAGGACCUCUGGAAACUGGGUGGAUCCUUGGCCCGAGGGAUUGCCCAUCUGCAUAGUGAUCACACACCCUGUGGUCGCCCCAAAACACCUAUUGUGCACAGAGACCUAAAGAGUUCCAACAUCCUAGUGAAAAAUGAUUUAACCUGCUGUCUCUGUGACUUUGGGUUAUCCCUGAGACUGGACCCUUCUCUGUCUGUGGAUGACUUGGCUAACAGUGGGCAGGUUGGCACAGCAAGGUACAUGGCCCCUGAGGUUCUAGAGUCCAGGAUGAACCUGGAGAACGUGGAGUCCUUCAAACAAACAGAUGUGUACUCCAUGGCUUUGGUCCUCUGGGAAAUGACAUCUCGCUGUAAUGGCGUUGGAGAAGUGAAAGAGUACGAGCCCCCAUUCGGCUCUAAAGUGCGAGAACACCCCUGCGUGGAAAGUAUGAAGGACAAUGUUCUAAGAGACAGAGGGCGACCCGAGAUCCCCAGCUCCUGGCUGAACCAUCAGGGCAUCCAGAUGGUGUGCGAAACUCUUAUCGAGUGCUGGGACCACGACCCCGAGGCCCGGCUCACGGCACAGUGCGUUGCGGAGCGCUUCAGCGAGCUCAAGCACCACGACAAGCUCUCGGGAAGAAGCUGUUCGGAGGAGAAGAUCCCCGAAGACAGCUCCGUGACCACCGCCAAGUAGCGUGCACCCGAGGGCUCUGAAACAGAGGGAAGUCGCUCCUAGACACGUUCACCUUGGCAGAGGAAGAAGUCUCGAUCGGUGCCUUGACUUGCUUCCUGGAGGACUGAGGCUGUCACUACUCCCUUUAGAGUCCGGCUCUGGACAGGGAGAUGUAUUCGUGGGAAUUAAAAGCCGGGGAGUAGGUGUCAUACCCUAGCAUUGGCUGCCGGCAUCAUGUCGUAGGAGGAGCUAUGUAUGUUAGCACUUCCUCAGGAAAUGAGAUUUGAAAAUAGCCAAUAACAUUAUGCACUUUAUUAAUGCCUGUAUAUAACUAUGAAAUUGCUAUUUUUUAUAUAUAUAUACAUAUAUAUAAAAAAUGUGUGUGUAUAUAUAUCUCUAUAUAUAUCUAUAAACAGCCAUGCUCUGAAAAAAAGAGUUUAAAAAAAAGAAAGUGCUUCCAGGAAGUUACUGGUGCAUUAGCGAUCCCCCCCUUAGGGAAGGAGCCUGGGGAGACGGGCAUAGCACGACACCAGCAAUUGUGCACUAAGCGCUCUGCCUAAAAGAUGGGAAUAACACACGAUAAAGAGAUGGCUUUCAACGCAUGUGCUGUAACCACCCGGCUGUGGCCCUGCAGUUCAGAAUUGCAGAGCAGUCUUGCAGCAGACAGGCCAAUUUGGCUUUACAGUUGCUCCUACGCAUUCCUGUCUGCAGCACAUUUUGGAAGGUUCAGGGAUGCCUUUGCCCUCUCACCUUAACCCCAGUGUCUUCACAGUGUCCCAGAACGGGAGUGCUAGGAGGCUUGGUCCCUCCCACACAUGUGUUUCCAUACAGAGGUCAUUAAUGUUAGAUGUUUAUUGCUUUGAAUUCACGCUGCUUGCAAGCAGGUUGCAAAAUAUCAGCGGGUUGAGUUUUCCCCUCCUCCCAUCCCCACCCCCAAACCACACAAAACAAGACAGGGCCAGCAAUAAUCCAAGCAGAUGUUUUAUAUUUGCUGUGCAUUCUGAGUGCAGGCAGUACUAUUUUUUUUUCCCUUCCUUUUACCUUGAUUGUGUUGCUGUAAGAACAAACAUUUUUUUUCCCUGUACAGCAUGUCUAAUUGCUUGACACACCACAGUUUGACUCUGUUCCACACUUUCUAGAGAAAAGAGACAACGGCCAGUGCCUUUAUUUUUGCAAAAGGACCUGGGAUGAGAGGGAAAGCUCUGUAGCAUUAGGUUAAUGGCAUAUCCUGCCCUCAGCACUGCUUGCAUAUAGGGCUGUCCUCAGCAAGUCAGCAUUUGCCAGAAAAAAACCCCAAAACCCAAGAAAGAUGAUUUAUUCCAAAAGGAUCCCUCAGACAUUGCUUACAUUCUUUCAGUUCUGCAAAAUGUUUAAGGCAGUUGAGAUCACAUUGGGCCUAUAUAAAUAACAGCAACGUGUUUAAUAAGUGCUAACAAGUUUGUCUUCAGGAGUUUUGCAGUGAUUCUUCCACUUCUUUCUUCCCCACGGCAUGUAAGCGGGCCUUGGAAAUGAGACAUUCAGCCAGCACAAACCAGUCCUGUACAGAUGUAUCUGGUGCCAUUUAUUAAACGCCUGUGACAGAAAACAUCGAUAUUUCUCUAGAAGACAUUGCCAUGUUAAGUAAAUAGGAAUCAUGCUUGUUCAAAUAGGAGUUAAGAUUUAUGAUGACAAAUAUUUUAUUAAAAAGGAGUUUGUAUCUGCUUUUUUCCCCCUCUCCACUUUCACCAAACUACUCGGAAGUAUUUAAACAGAGCGGGGCAAAACCUCUACAACCACAGCGGAAUUCAGAGGGUACUAUGCCAGACGGGGGGGCCGUGGUUUUGGGGAAGAAGCGGACCGCCGGCGGAGGCGCGGG